CAUGAGCAUUACCAAACUUCUAGCUGGGCAAGCUAAUGAACUCUAAACGUCAUAACAUCUCCAUGUAGCCCCAGACUCGUUAGAAAAAACAGAAGUGUGCAAACCAGAAGCCAAAAGCCUUCAGAACAAGCUUGAUGAUCUCAUAUUUCAUUUGGCUUUGAACUUCAGACAUAUCUUAUGACUUUAAUGCUGAAUAGCAAUGAUGUUGAACAUCACAAAUGAUUCUCUGGACAUUGAAACAUACAGCGCACCAUAUGAUUAUAACACGAUCGACUAUGAUCUGCCAGGACCAUGUAUUUACAACAAAGCUGGAAAACAUUUUCUCCCGGUUCUCUACUCGCUGUUCUUCGUGGUCGGCUUCCUGGGCAACAUGCUGGUGUUGUGGGUGAUCCUGAGAGGAGCUCAGAUAAAAAGCAUGACUGAUGUGUCUCUCCUGAACCUGGCCAUCGCUGACCUUCUACUAAUCUUCACUCUCCCCUUCCUGGCUCACCAUGCUAGAGAUACCUGGGUCUUUGGUAAUGCCAUGUGCUGGCUGGUCCUCGGCGUGUACUACAUCGGAUUUUACGCAGGAAUUUUUUUUAUCGUGCUGAUGAGCAUCGACAGAUACUUGGCGAUCGUCCAUGCCGUGUUUGCCUUGAGAAUCCGAUCAAAAACUUUUGGGAUUUUAGCUAGUGUGAGCAUCUGGAGUCUAGCUAUAGCAUCAUCAUUUCCUGAGCUUCUGCAUCUUGGACUCGAAAAUGGGACAAAGCCAGUUUGUAAUGCUUAUCCGAAAAAUAGCGAACACAAUAAUGUUAGAACGUCAGCUUUCCUCAAAAUGAACAUUUUGGGUCUGCUAAUUCCAUUGAUUAUUGUGGGAUUUUGCUACUCGAUGGUGCUCCGGAGGCUUCAGACCCUACGCUCUUCCAAGAAACUGGCCGUUCGUCUUGUUAUCGUAGUCAUGGUGGUCUUCUUCUGCUGUUGGACGCCAUACAACAUUGCAGCACUCAUCAAAGCACUGGAGCUGAUGCAUAUCCUGAAUCCAUCUUGUGUGGAUAGCAACAGGAUUCAACUAUCGCUGCAAGCCACCGAAGCCUUAGCGUACAUGCACAGCUGCCUCAAUCCUUUCCUCUACGUGUUCGUGGGGGAAAAGUUCAGAAGGCAACUCUGCAGGCUCCUGAACCAGACCCCAUGCAUCCAUAUGCAGUGUGUGAAAGUCUACAUGACCCAGGCUGCCAGCUCAGUGAAUUCCCGUACCAUAAGUGUGGAUGAACGCUUUGUUGGCAUGAAUGCUGUAGGCACAUGAAAUUUUAUUCAACAAAUAAAUCUACUUAAACGUACUUAUAUAUCCUUAUAUAUAUAUCUACGCUUAUAUAUUCCCUGCUUUUAGGUAAGUACAGAUUUAAAAAAAAAAAGGGAUAAUAAACUGUAAGUUUCUUUUUUUUUUUGCUGAGGGGAUCUUAUUGUAUCUGUAAACUAUAUGGCUAAAAUGUGUGAAUGUAGACAUUUGACUUUAACAUCACCAUGUACAGUACUUCUUGAAUAUCCCCUUCCAAAACCAUUACAGAGGUUCUGUUUGUGAUUCUUUCUCCGGGUGGAGAAAGACAUUUUUAGAUUUUGUAACAUGAACCCCAUUUACAUAUAAGCAUUAUCGCUGAAAGACAACAGACGCCGAUGCCAAAUGAGAAAUCCUGAAAUGCAGUCUUUAAAAUAAAUGCUAAACAAAGGCAUGUUAAUGGCUCUUAAUUCUUUGUGGCAAGAGUGCAAGAACUUUAACUUGAAACUUGAAGAAAGACCCAAAUAUGGAUGUUACUGGUUAAGUGCGCACUUCUAUAUUGGGUCAUUUUUGCACUCUUGUCACGAAGAAUUAAGAAAGACCCAAAUUUAGAUGUUUACUGGUUAAGUGCGCACAUCCUUUUGGCCUUUAUAGUGUAAGGGUUUAGCGUAUGAACUAUUUAAAGUAUACGUAACUGGACUGAAAUUGUUUUUUAGAUUUAAGCUUACUUAAUAUUUGCUUUUAUCUAUAUGUCAUUUGUAUACUCAGAAAGUACAAGCCUAUAGAGUUGUGUCCUAUACAUGAGCUCAAGAACAACGUAACUAGACAGAAAAUACAAAGAAAAACUCUGGAACACAGAAAACCAUUUAAACUGAGGGAGAAGCAUCAAGCGAGACAUGUGACGUCGAAUUAAAUGUCAGUCCUGUGUAUGCAUGUUCUAAAUCGGCUUGCUAGGCACCUUGCAUGUUACCCAUACACAAUUGCUGCAUAUGAAAUAGACGCUUCAGACACGUCUGUAUAUUUUUGGCUCUGAUGUGCCAUCUAGUGAAUCCCGAGAUAUUCACAACAUAUAAACAUGAACUAUUUCAUAUCAUAUUAUGGCUUCUAGGUAAAAGUACAAAAUGUGUCCACAAGGGUAUUACUCCAAUUUAUCAGAAUGUAUACGAAUGUAUAAAAUGUAGAACUUCUGAAUGUUUAACACUCCACUUUUUGGUAAAUAAAAGUGUAUAGACAAACA